CUCGAGCUGCCCCACACUUCAUUGCUUCCUUCUCUCACCGCCAACCAUUUUUCAUCCAAAAUUUCCCCCAAGUCCAAAUCUCUGCUUUGAGGUCAAAUAACCAUAAUUCAACCUCUUCCCUCCUUCAUAUUUCUUCUUGUUUGCCUCAAUCAUGCCGGGAACUAUCCGAGUUUCAGUUCUGGAGUUCAUCGACCUUCCUGAGCUAUUGUCUUCCCCAAUUUCGAUUAAAGUUUCCAUGGGUAAAACACAUUACGAAACUUCGGAUAAAGGAGAUUUCUCAUUUCCAUUGACAACGCUUCGAGAUGAUGUGAUUCUUAUAAUUCAGGAUGCUGGAGGGAAUGAGAUAUCACGUGCAGGUGUUCAGGUGAAAUCAAUAGUUGAAAAGGGUUACUGGGAUGAUCUUUUUCCUCUUGAAGGAGGAGGGCGUGUGCAUUUGCAGUUCCAGUUUGCUCUUAGUGAAGAUGAUCGCAGUCGAAUUCGAAUGAUGAGAGAAACCGCUUUGAGAAGAAAACAUGUUGAACGUCAAGAUAGCAAUCUCAAAAACUCUGGAAGCAACCUUGCAUCAUCCUUUAACCUCAACCGUGAGCUUUCAGAUUCACAAAAAUGUCUUCUUCAAAUUGGGGAUCUAAGUGCUAAAGAAGCAGCUCACCAGUCUCCAUCAGCAUCAAAUCAAAAUAUCCCUGAUGAGAUACCAGUUACUGAAAAAACGAACAAGAUUCGACUUGAUCGGAUUCAACCACUUUCAGUCGAGAAUGAUGCAGAUAGAAGUAAGGAUAAUCCAUCAGCAAUUCCUCUGAUGCAAGAGGUUGAGGUUAAUAAACCAAAGGUAAAUAACACCGUAUUAGUUGAUAGGAUGCGGAUGCAGUCACCUCAUGCAAUCAGACCGUCACCGACCAGUUUGGAAGAAAAUUUGGUUCAUUCUCGAAGCUCAGAGUUAUCCAAUUCUCCUUCAAAAGGUGAAGGGAUGACUGAUGUUAAUGAGGAUAAGCCAUCCACAACUCCUCUGUUGCAAGAAGUUGGUGUUAAUGAACCAAAGGUCAAUAACAUUGAAUUAGUUGAGAGAAAGGGGACACUGCCACCAUGUGCAGUCAAACCUUCACCGACCAUUCGUUCGGAAGAAAAUUUGGUCCAUUCUCGAAGCUCAGAGUUAUCGAACUCUCCUUCAAAAGGUGAAGGGAUGACUGAUGUUAAUGAGGAUAAGCCAUCCACAACUCCUCUGUUGCAAGAAGUUGGUGUUAAUGAACCAAAGGUCAAUAACAUUGAAUUAGUUGAGAGAAAGGGGACACUGCCACCACGUGCAGUCAAACCUUCACCGACCAUUCGUUCGGAAGAAAAUUUGGUCCAUUCUCGAAGCUCAGAGUUAUCGAACUCUCCUUCAAAAGGUGAAGAGAGGACUGAUGUUAAUGAGGAUAAGCCAUCCACAACUCCUCUGUUGCAAGAAGUUGGUGUUAAUGAACCAAAGGUCAAUAACACUGAAUUAGUUGAGAGGAAGGGGACACAGCCACCUCGUGCAGUCAAACCUUCACCGACCAUUCGUUUGGAAGAAAAUUUGGUCCAUUCUCGAAGCUCAGAGCUAUCGAAUUCUCCAUCAAAAGGUGAAGAGAAGACUGAUGCUUCAGAGGCGGCACCAUCACGUAGGAGAACUCCCGGGAAUGUUAAAAAAGUAAUAAGUGCCUUUGAAAGUAGCCUGACUCAGGAUACAAAACCUCGCAUUAAACCUACCAGAAAUACUCAACCCAAUGUGGUCGAAAAGCAACCAUCUUCCGAAGUUAAUCAAUCGAAGGAUAAUUCUAAGCCGACUCGGUCGCAAACGACAAUAGGCCCUCCUCUUGCAGGGGAGUUGACCCAUGACUUAGCAAAUACCAGGCAAAAGGAACAGAAACGUAAAUUCUUUGAGGCUUCAGAUGGGACUAAAUCACUUAAGUUGAAGGGGAAAAAGAAUCAAGUUGGAGAAGAAAAUUUGAGUGAAAAGGAGUUUGAUGAUAUAGAUGCAAAGAAUGAUGAAUCUUAUCAAAAGUCUGUGCCUGAGAAGCCGGACUACGAUAGAAAUUCAGUAACAGGUGAAUCGGUAUCACGUGUCGAAGACGAGCAAAUUCCAUCCAAAAGGUCUGGUGGGUGGAUAUUUACAGACGAAAGACGACGGCUGUGUGUCACCACUGGUGGUGAUCAUAUGCUAGAUCUGGUGGGAGGAGGUCGCACUAGCUAUACAUUCAUCCGUAAAGGGGAAAUGAAGAUUUCCACGGAAGAGCAGAAUAGAGGUACCUCAGAGCCUAAGGCAAAUGGGGGCAACCAUGAGCAUCAAAAAAUGAUCAAACCAGAGAAUUCAGAUGAUGUAAAGCCCUCUGAAGGGCCACUUGCCAAUGCCUUAAAAGUUGCAGUGAUGCUUGGAUUGGGGACUCUUGUUCUCCUCACUAGACAAAGGAAAAAGAAGAAAUAGCCAGUUGGGUGAAGGAUCCACACCAAUUGUGCAUUCAAGGCGAUCAAAGCUGUUAUGUUUCUUCUCCCAUUCUUUUUUUUUUAAAACCACGUGCGUAUUAACAAAUUUUGAUCUUUCGUAAAGAAUGUCAUUGUAUAAAUUUUGUUCUUAAUUUAAUAUAUCAACUUUAUAUUCUGAUGUCUGUAA